AUUUCUGAUACAGCCGAGAUUUGAACGCGCUCUACUGACAGCGAAUGCCACAACGGUAUAACGGAUAACGGCAAUUGUAUCAUAUACGCACACGCAUAUAUACGUGCGUGUUUUAGUUGGGCUGUCAGUGCGUUGACAGCGUGUUGGUAGCGGUGCAUUGACGUUCUUACUUAAUUUUUGUUUCGGUUAUUCAACUGCACCGCAUUUGUUAUUGUUGGCGCGCUUUGGAGCAUCGUGCUGCCGAAUCGCUAUGCCGCUCGUGCGAAUCCUUCGCCGCUUGUUGUGUCAUAUGAAGCAAAAAUCUCAAUUCGUGCGUGUUGGUCGUUGAUGGCCAUCAACAACAUUCGCAUCCUUGGUUUGGUGGCUUUGCCGUUUGCUUGGCAGCAGGAACAAUUCAGUCAUCAUUGUGCAGUGGCGGCGUUUUGACGCGUUUUUCUCUUCUUCUUCUCCUUCACACUAACCAUGACUUGUCGUCCAAUACAACAAAAGCUCGAAGGCUAAUACGAGUUAACGCGAGUACAGUGGCAAAGCCGUAAAAGGAUAAUCGAAAUUAAACCAAAAAUUUAAUAUACUAAUAUUAUAAAGUUGGAAAUAAUAAAACAAUUUUAUGAGAGCAAAAAGAUAAAUUUCAAGAGAUAAUCUGAAAUGAUAAAGAAGAACAUAAAGAUUAAAUAAAAUAAUAUUAAACAAAGUUUACGUUUAAUGCAUACAAAAGUGAAUAAAAUAACAUACAAUUAGGCUAAAUAAACAUCCUUAAAAUAUUACAGCAACAAAAUAACGUUAAUCGCUGCUAAUUCUACACUAUACAACUCCACAUUCAAGCCAACAUUCAGCGAUACGCACAAUAUAUAAAAUGGAUUUAAUUACCCAUAAAGGAUUACGUUAACAUUAAAAAGGAUAAUUUAGCAGCACAUCAGUGGCCACCAGACUCUGUGACAACAACAGACGCCCAAAUACAGUUACGCAUGAUUUUAGUGGAUUACGAGCAGUAUAUUCAGUGUGACAGCAACAACAAAAAGCUAACAACGCACAUAAAAUAAGUGGCUUAAAUAACAUUAUAAAGGGCUCUUGUGCAUGCGGGCGUACUUGUGUGUAUGUGUGUGACGUGCUAACAAAAUAGCAACCACAAUAAUACGAAUUCGCAAUGGAUUUAUUAUUUCUAUUACAUUUACUCAUUCUACUCGUCAGUCAAAAUGUUGCUGUUCUCGGCCAAUUGGAGGGCAGUUGGCUAACCCUGGCACCCUCGACACCAUCUAUCACACAUUUUGUAAAUGAUUCUUUCAUUAUAUUCUGUAAAACAGUACAAAAGGAUGUGAAUGCGAAAUGGAAAGACCCUAAAGGGGUGCCAAAGGAAAAUACAAAAGGGCGUGUGCAUAUCGAAAAGAAAACUGAAUUUUUGGCGUUGGUCUUCGAGCACAUUGCGCUGACGGACAAGGGCAACUGGACGUGUGAGGCAACGCUAACUAACAACAAUAACAACGAAGCCACAUCAGCAGCAUCAACGCCGGAUGCUGGCAGCACCGCAACAGUGGCCAGCGGUGAGGCGAGGCGGUCCUUUGAGCUGCUCGUAAAUCAGAAAAUCUCUUUUGACAAAACGGAGUUGGUGCAGUCGGCGGGUGAGGGUCGUGACGCCACGGUCAAGUGUUUUGUUAAAGGUGAUCCCCGUCCGGACGUGUCCUGGCUAUACAAUGGCGAAUAUAUAAACACCGUCAAUUCGACCAAAUACAAAAAACUCUCGGAUGGACUCUUCAUCAAGAAUGUACAGCAAUCGGAUGCUGGUGAAUACACGUGUCGUGCGAUGCGAAUCACACCAACUUUUGCGGAUUCCGAACAAAUUACGAUUCUACUGAGGAUACAGCAUAAGCCACAUUGGUUCGAUAAUGAUACUUCAUUGGUGCAAUAUGCGUAUAUCGGCGGUAUGGUGAAUAUCUCAUGUGAUGCGAUGGGUGAGCCGCCACCUUCGUUCACCUGGGUGCAUGAGGGUCGUGCCAUUACCGGACGUAAUUAUCGGAUUUUCUAUGCCGAUUACGGUUCAACGCUACAGAUACAUGUCCGAAAUGAAUCACAACUCGGCGAUUAUAAGUGUAAAGUUGCCAAUCCGUUGGGCAUGCUGGAGCGCAUAGUUAAACUGCGUAAGGGCCAGAAGCCGAGCGGACCGACACGUUUUCAAUUGCUGCGUGCACUCACCGAUAGUUUCGACCUCGACAUCCGAUCGGUGAAGUAUUCGAAUGUUGAGGAUAAUAUGCAUACGUACGGCUAUCGUGUGCAAUAUAUGAGUGAGGGAGAUUUUAAGCAUAGCGCAGGCAAUUGGAGUUAUGCAAAGCAUAAGGAUUUUCACUUGCAACGAGGUGGACGGUUUGUGCUCGACGGCUUGGGCCGCAACACCACGUAUUUAGUACGUGCUGCAACGCGCAAUCUAGCUGGUCUUAGCGAUUGGAGUACGGUGAAAAUUUUCGCAACACUAACAAAUUUCGCUCGACGAACCGUUACGAAUAUUAUCUGGCAAACAUGUUUAGUAGUUGGCUUAGGAUACUCACUUAGUGAAUAUGUCAAAUUUAGUGCGUACGUUUAAGUUCGAUGCACCAACACUACUAACACAUAUGCAUACACAUGGUAUAUAUGUAGGUAAUUAUGUAUUUAUAUGUGUGGUUGAACAUAAAUAUACAUACAUCCAUAUAUAGUAAGUCACUCUAACAAUUCAUGCCUUCCUCUCUCCUAUUUCCCUCUCCCAAAAUGCUUUACUUGUUCUUUAGCAAACGAUUGGUAAAAUCCAUACAUACAUACAUAUAUGUGGUAAUAGGGCCUUUAGUGAGGUGAAAUCUCUGUUAAAAAGAUAUUUGAUACACACUACUACAUGCAUAGUUGUUGAAUGUUUACGAUUAUUGAAAUUAGUAUGAGUAUAUAUGCAGAUAUGUAUGUAUUGUAGUUAAUUCUGUUAUAUUUUUAUGUACCUGAUUUAUUUUGAAUACUCUGCAUAUGUAUUUACAUAUAAUGCGUUGUAGUGGACACUGAUUAUAUUUACUAUACAUUUUAUGGAAGUGUUUAUAUGAAUACAUUUUAAAGAAUUACACUGCUUUCAGAUUCUGUGAUAGAUUUAGAAAAUUUGUUUUUUUUUUUGCCAGUUUUGAUUUUGUUGAUUUUUGUCAAUCCCGAAUUUUCGGGAUUAUGAAAUAUUAAUUUCGGGAUCCUGAAGUGUUUCCUUUCGAAAAAUAAGCUUUUUAAAAUUUUUAACUUUUGACAUUUUAAUUGUUUCAUUAUUGAUAAUAAUAAAGAUUACUGUGAACUUUCAGGAUUGUUAAUGAUGUUUUUUUUUAUGAAUGUUUUGAGUUUUUAAUAUUUCACAUUUAAAAAUUUUAUUGAUUUUUUAUUACUAAUAAUGAACAGUAUUUUAUUCUCAAAAAUACAGGAUUCUGUAAUAUUACUUUUGGGAUCCCAGUUUUUUUUUUUUAAUGUUUAAGGGUUUGAAUUUUUAACUUUUACUUUUUAAUGAUUCUUUAUUGAUAAUGUUAACAUUAUUUUAAUCCCGAAUGUCGUGAUUUUGAAAUUUAAAUUUCGGGAUCCCAUUUUUUUUGCAAUGCUUUGUUUAAUGAUAAUACUAUAGAUCAUUGGAUUAAUUCUAUAUAAUAGGGUUUUUAGCAUAGAACAUAAAAAUUUAGUCAAGACAUAAAAUUUUUAUAUAGUUAUAACGCUAUGCUUAACUUCACAUGCAACCCUGCAAGCCGGCAUUAAAACUCUUAGUAUCCUUACACAAAAUUUUCUUCCAAAAUCUAAUUUUUUAAUAAAAUACAUAUUUUUUUCCAUUAUUUAUCCACACUUUUUCCAAUAAGAAUCAUUGACGAGUAUUCAACAUCGUUUUUGUACUUUUUUAAAAGAAAUUCUUUAAGAAUUUCACAUCUGUGUCGUAAAAACGAAACAAAGAAAUAUAAUAGAGAACUUGAAAGAUUUUACUAAGUAAGUGCAUAAGUCCAAAUUGAAUGUACACACACAAAACUAAAUGAAGUAUGAUUAUCGUGAAUUUAAACGGAAACGAUUAUUGUAGCUUAAAAUAUUUAAUAUUACAAAACCAAAAAACUAGUUAAUAUAAAAUAAAAAAAUGCGCAAAACAAAAAACAAUUAAAUAAAACGAAAUAUAAUUCCAAUGAAUGUGUGAAAA